AUGCUCGUCAAGGAGAACCUCGCCGACAAAGUGCAGUUCGUGGGCUCCAUGACGAAUAACCCACAGAACUGUCGGGCUCAGUCGGGCUCCUUUGACCUUCACCACGAGGGCCACUCGGGCUGGCUGUCGAUCAACAUCGCGAACCAGUACCUUCAGGGGUGGCUGGCCAGCAGCAAGCCUGACAUUGUGCAGUACAUGCUUGGCACGAAUGAUGUUGCCCAGGGCCGGACCACCAACGACAUCAUCGCGUCGUACACCAAGAUGGUAGGCCUCAUGAGGGCGUCGAACCCGCGCAUGAAGAUUCUUGUCGACCUUCUGAUUCCACUGUCCUUCAACGGUGGUGGCAUCACCACGCUGAACCAACAAAUCCCUGGCUGGGCGGCGCAGCAGAAUAUGACGGACUCACCAAUCAUGCUUGCUGACUGUUCAACGAAAGCUGGGUACACCGACUCGAUGAACAGGGACGGUGUUCACCCAAAUGACCAGGGCGAUCAAUUCAUUGCUAGACAAGUUGGAACCUUGCUGGUCAAGUAUGUCAAAGACUUGUUGGCUGAAAGAAGCGCUUCGGCCGACUAUUAUCAGGUACACAGCCAGGAGAAACGGGUUUAG